UGCGGGAGGCGGUGGCGGCAAGAAGCCGGAGGCAGCGGGGUGACAGGUGAGUGAACAACCUAAGAAAUCUGUAGUAGGAGAGUUGGAAAAUAUUUAAAUCUCAACAAAUGAAUUCCACAUUUGAACUCUGCUGCAUUCCUGUGCCACCUCCUCCUUUAGAAAACUGAUCUUAGAACAGAGAGGAAAAAAGAAUAGAAAGUAGAAGAUGCUGGGAUCUGAACGUGGUGUUGUGGAAGAAUGGUUGUCAGAAUUCAAGGCAUUACCUGACACUCAGAUCACCAAUUAUGCAGCGACUUUACACCGGAAAAAAUCACUGGUACCAGCCCUCUAUAAAGUUAUUCAAGAUUCUAACAAUGAGCUGCUGGAACCUGUCUGCCACCAGCUGUUUGAGCUUUAUCGUAGCUCGGAAGUUCGACUUAAGAGGUUCACACUGCAAUUCUUGCCAGAAUUGAUGUGGGUUUAUUUACGGCUUACAGUUAGUCGAGACAGACAGAGUAAUGGUUGCAUUGAAGCACUUCUGUUAGGAAUUUAUAAUUUGGAAAUUGCUGAUAAAGAUGGAAACAAUAAAGUUCUAUCUUUCACUAUCCCUUCCUUAUCCAAGCCUUCAAUAUACCAUGAGCCCUCAACAAUUGGAUCCAUGGCUUUGACAGAAGGGGCCUUGUGUCAGCAUGAUCUUAUCAGGGUUGUUUAUAGUGAUCUUCAUCCUCAGAGGGAAACAUUCACUGCACAAAACCGGUUUGAAGUCCUAAGUUUUCUAAUGUUGUGUUAUAAUUCUGCUAUUGUGUAUAUGCCUGCUUCAUCUUACCAGUCUCUUUGUCGGAUGGGUUCCAGAGUUUGUGUUAGUGGUUUUCCACGGCAACAUGAAAAACAGUGGAAAGAACUCUGUGGUCGAAUAGUGUUGGAUCCUGAAUUUAUGGUGCAACUUCUCACAGGUGUUUAUUAUGCCAUGUAUAAUGGACAGUGGGACCUUGGCCAAGAAGUUCUUGAUGACAUAAUUUAUAGAGCUCAGCUAGAACUCUUUUCUCAACCACUAUUGGUUGCCAAUGCCAUGAAAAACUCAUUACCAUUUGAUGCUCCUGAUUCUUCACAAGAAGGUCAGAAAGUCCUUAAAGUGGAAGUCACACCAACAGUGCCGAGGAUUUCUCGGACUGCGAUUACAACAGCUUCAAUACGCCGUCAUAGGUGGAGGAGAGAAGGUGCUGAGGGUAUAAAUGGAGGAGAGGAAUCUGUAAAUCUGAAUGAUGCAGAUGAAGGAUUUUCAUCAGGAGCUUCCCUCAGCAGUCAGCCAAUUGGUACCAAACCAUCUUCAUCUUCUCAGAGGGGAAGCUUACGAAAAGUAGCAACUGGGCGUUCAGCCAAGGAUAAAGAAACAACCUCUGCCAUCAAAUCCAGUGAGAGCCCUCGAGAUUCAGUAGUUCGAAGGCAGUAUGUGCAGCAACCAGGUGACCUCAGUGUAGAUUCAGUUGAGCUGACACCGAUGAAGAAACACCUGAGCCUGCCUGCUGGCCAGGUGGUGCCAAAAACCAGUAGUCUAAUCCGGACAGCCAGUGCUUCCUCAAGUAAGUCAUUUGACUAUGUAAAUGGCAGUCAAGCCAGUACCAGCAUUGGGAUUGGCACCGAGGGAGUUACAAAUUUAGCAACUAGCAACGCUAAUCGAUACUCAACUAUCAGUCUACAAGAAGACCGACUAGGUCAAGCUGGAGAAGGCAAAGAGCUACUCAGUCCAGGAGCACCCUUAACCAAGCAGUCUCGAUCCCCAAGUUUCAAUAUGCAGCUAAUAUCCCAGGUGUAGUUUUGACUUCUCUGGUCUCUCUGCUUACCUUUUAAACUGAACAUUUCAUUGUGCGAGAAGACACUUCAUCCCAUAUUGUGAAAAUGAAAAUAUUGGUCAUUGUAAUAAGAUUCGGUUUAGUUUAGGUAUCUUCAUACUGUAUUUUGUAUGGAAACAGCAAUAAGGUUUUCUUUUCUCUCCUUCCUAUAUCCUCUCUUCACCUAUACCUUGUAAAUGUGUUUGUGAAGCAGUAUAAAAUGUUUGCAUUUUCCAUGCCUUCUUUUCUCCUUGGGUGAUGUGCAAUCCAUCGUAGGCUGAUCGGUCCCAUUUCAACACUGUGAGACUGAGGAUAUAUGUUAGAGGAAAUGGUGUAUAUGAUCCCUAUGAAGUGAUUCUUUGGCUUUCAUUUAGGAAAAAAAAUGAAACGGGUUUGUUCUCAUAUCUAUAGAACUAUGAAGAUUACUGGAUCAUAUUUUUUUCUCUCUUAACCAGGAGUGCCUCAGAGAUUCUUCUAUGACUUUGGACUUCUCUGAGUUGUGCAAUCAUUUUCUUGAUAAGCAAGGGGAAAGGUGGUAGGUAGACUGCUGCACUUUUUCAUUAAAAUGAGGGUGGCUCUAUAUUCCACCUCCCUCCACCCCCCCACCCCCCAAUCUCCUUUAUCUUGAGGACACAAAUGUUCUAUUACUGAGGCAUUUAAAUCAAGUUGUGGCUACCUCCAUUGGAGGGCAGGGUUCUAAGUGGGUUGAGUAAUUGAUUAUGCACUUUUGCAAUGGCUCUAUAGUCUAUUAUUAAUAACAUGUCUUCCCUCCUCCCCACAAUGAUAUAAGGGCAUUUCUGUCCUCGAAGUAUGAACAACUAACAAAUCAGAGAAUCCAAGGGGCAUGUUCUAUUUCCCAGGAAUGACUGACACUUUGGUGCUGGGGUUUGGGCGGGGUGGUAUGUCAGGUUUUGUUUGGCUUAUGUGGGAUGGUGUGUAUGGGGGGAAGUUUGAUUUUUUUUUUCUCUUGUGAGCGGAUGUUGACUGAAGUAGAAUGAGUACGUCUUCAGGUAAAGGGAGGGAUUUCUCAACCCACUUUCUGUGAUGUAAGACUAUUGGAGAAACCCUUUCAGCUGCUUUUUAGAUGUACCUAAAUUCAGUCAGAUACUUUGAAUUAAGAAAACUGAAGUCCUAAUAGAUCAUAUACUCCAAGGAAAUACAUCAGGGACAGAUAAUUGGCUGAAAACACUGAUGCUUCAAUGUGAUACAUUUUUAUAGAAUAUUUCUAUCAGGGGGUACUGACUUGAUUUCUCCUACACAGACCACACUGCCUUUGUGUUUAAUGUAAUGCAACUUGUGUAUCUUCUAAUCAAUAUAUCUGCUGAAGUUUCUCAUUUUUAUAAAAUUUUGAAAUCAUGUCAGUAAGUUAGAUGUUGAAUGUAUGUAAGUAGUAUUUGGUAACUGCUAAGAGGCUACAAAAAUGCAUUAUUAGUUUAAAAAAAAAUCUCAGACUUUAUUAUAACCUCUUCUGGGUCUCAAGCUCUACUGCUUGACUGAAAUAGAAGAGAAUAUAUUGGUUUUUGAAAAUCGGUGUACUGUGAUUUGAAUUGCUAUACAUUUUCUUCCACGUAAUAUAUAUUAGAGCUGUUGUUGCUUGGUACAUUGACAAUUUUAUUUUAUUGUGAAAAAAAAAGAUAUAAUGACUUUAUAGAAAGCAAGUAUUCUCCUAAUAAAAGUUUAAAAUUUUAUCUCUACCAAUUAAAACUACACUAGAUUAUGAGAAAUAACCAGAAAACUGCCUCUUGUUCUUUUCACACCCAAUUUUUUUGUUUUGUUUUUUAAAAGGAUUUUCUGUUAGGAUCUUUAUAAGAACAAUGAGAUAAUUGUUUGAAUUUGGUGGUCUGUACCAUUUUUUCUGCUCAUAUGAAAAUAAAAAUGGGAAACUAGAACAUGACUAACAUUGCCAAAGUUCAAGGUAAAGCUAAAAGUUGAUAGAGAUUUAUUGAUUGUAUAUAUGUGUGUGUGUGUGUGUGUGUGUGUUAUAUGUAUAUAUUUCACAAAGACAUUUUAGGUAUUCCUUAAUUAGACUAGGCGAUGUCAGAUAAAUAAAUUAAUUAAUUAAAAGCCCCCAAAAUAAUUAAGUGUAAAGAUCUAUAUUAAGGAAAGCAAAAUUUCAUGCUUGAAAGAAAAAGUAAUUACAAUUUACCAGGGAGUGAGAUCU